UACAAAUAACAAUCUCCGACGAUUCCUCCGUCUUCGAUGACGUCACAACGAUGGACAAGUCCUAUCACAAACAAGCAGACCAUGGCGUCACGGUGUCUGCUGGUUGCUGCUGUCCGUUCGUCCACUGUAUGGGUAGCGUUGCAGUACCUCGAGAUCCCAUAUCUUGUCAAGUCAACCAUCCCUCAUGGAACUGGCAUCAACGUCCAUCGUCUUGUGGUCUGCCUACAAGGCUGGGAGACCACCAGGGACCCGAGAAUCCGCAGACUAGGUAACCCUGCGUGUUUGAUGCUUCGUCGUACUAGAAGCCCCGGUCGGACUUAGGAAAGGAAGAACGAAGGAAGACUGAUGGAGACGGACGUCGCGAAGGAGUAUGAAGUACAAAUCAAAUGACCUCUCAUUGAUCAUCGAAUCAUCCCCACAAGCAGCGGAUGGGACACGACAUGCGCGACUGUCUUCGAAUUCUCGAAAUUCUUUACCACAUUAUUGGAUUCUUGGUGCCUGAGAGGGUUGAUAACGCCUGUUUUAUUCGUCACAUGGACAUUGCAGGACUUGCGAGGACAUGCAAAACAUUCAAGGACCAAGGGCAGCCUUCCCUGAAUUCUGUUGCUAUGUGCCCGCCCGCCCUCCUCUGGACUGUGGGGGUAAAUUGGGGGAUAUCGGGGUCCUGUCUCCAAGAAUACCUUGGACACCUCGCCGAAUCUAUCUCACGAGCUUUUCCUGUUGCUUCAUACUCUGAACGCCGACAUCUUCAGCAGAGUCCACCUCUAAACCCAAUCCUGUUCCUUGACCACAUCCGUUUACCCCUAAUCGGGUUGAAUCUGCACGAGUCGAUCCAUUUUUUGCGCGACUUAGUGGUGACCUUACCUGAUGGAUUCGAUGUCGACGAUGGAUCUCGUGUCGACGUAUGUCCAUCUUUGCAGUCGACCCUCCCCUCACUCCAACGCUUGAAUGUGAUCGUUCGCUCUUUGAAUCAUCGUUCCAACUUGCUUUCCUCUAUCACUUCAUCCCAACUCAGUUCUGUUGAGGUUUUCCAUUGCUCGCCUGCCAUCCACAGUGACCUCUACGCACUGUUCCUGGAGAUCAAGCGCAUCUACAAACGCUCUCCAAACUUCCACGCGCUCUACGCGCGACGCCCCCGUCGGGUUCUCACCUCCGAUCCUUCCUACGACUUCCCUCAAUCAACAGUGACACUCCUUCUUGCCUGCCACCGCUCGCGCGUUCUCAAAUUCGUUUCUUUCGGUACACUGGAUAUUGACAGCGCCUAG